GCGGCAGAGAUAUGCCAACCGAGCAGCCAGCAACUGUCGAACAGACUGCGGAGCUGCGGACCUACUACGAGAAGGACGGCGACAUACCGACGUACCGCAAGCAGCGCAACUUCGUCAUCUUCAUGCUGUUCCUGGGCAUGGCCAAUGCGUAUGUGAUGCGCACCAACAUGUCCGUGGCGAUCGUGGCGAUGGUCAACCACUCGGCCAUCGGCAGCGAGCAGCAGCACAGCCAGGGCGGCCAGUUCGUGUGGAGCUACAAGACGCAGGGCUACAUCCUGUCCAGCUUCUUCUACGGCUACGUCCUCACCCAGAUACCCUUCGGCUUCCUCAUCAAGUACUACGGGGCCAAGCACUUUCUCGGCUGGGGCAUGAUGCUCAAUUCGGUGGCCGCCUUCAUGGUGCCGGUGUCGGCCCGCGAGGGCGGCCCCGUGCCCCUCGGCAUCGUGCGCUUCAUCCAGGGCCUGGGCGAGGGCCCCAUUGUGCCCUGCACGCACUCGCUGCUGGCCGGCUGGAUACCGCCCGACGAGCGCUCACGGGCGGGCGCCGCCGUCUAUGCGGGCGCCCAGUUCGGGACGAUCAUCUCGAUGCCGCUGAGCGGACUGCUGGCCGAGUACGGCUUCGACGGCGGCUGGCCCUCGAUCUUCUACGUGUUCGGCGUGCUCAGCACCGUCUGGUGCGUGCUCUUCCUCUGGCUGGUGCACGAGAGCCCCAAGGCGAGCGAGCGGAUCAGCCAAACGGAGCGCAAGUACAUCGAGGACAACAUCUGGGAGGCGCAGCCGGCGGACACGGGCCGUACCCCGUUCCUGGGCUUCGCCAGGUCGCGCUGCUUCUGGGCCAUCAUGGUGGCCCAUGCGGGGCAGAACUACGGCUACGAGACGCUGAUGACGAUGCUCCCCACCUACAUGCACGGCAUUCUGGGCGUCGAUCUCAAGGCGAACGGCGUGCUCUCCUCGCUGCCCUACCUGGCCAUGUGGCUGAUGGCCAUCGUGUUUGCGAUUGUCGCCGAUCGGCUCAUCCGCCGCCAGAUCUCCAUCACGGCCACGCGCAAGAUCAUGAACAGCUUCGGGCAGUACGGCCCGGCAGUGGCCCUCAUUGUGGUCGGCUACGCCCACCAGAGCCUCACCCUCACCAUCGCUGUGUUCGUGCUGGGCCUGGGCCUCAACGGGGCCAUCUACUCCGGCUUCAAGAUCAACCACCUGGACCUGUCGCCCCGCUACGCCGGACUGCUCAUCUCCAUCACGAACUGUGCGGCCAAUCUGAUUGGCCUAACGGCGCCCAUGGUCGCCGGCCACAUCAUCCACCAGGGGCCCAAUAUCGGCAAUUGGCGCAUUGUCUUCUACAUUGCCGGCGGCGUUUACAUUUUCUGUGCCACCUUCUACAAUAUCUUUGCCAGUGGCAAGCCGCAGUGGUGAUGCACGCGAAUAUGUGCAGCCAAAAAAACAAACUUAAACACAAACA